AACGGGGGUCAAGCACUUCGCAGCACACUGCCAUCAUGUUUCUUUACCAAACUACUCAACUUUUUCUUCGUAGCUUCCAAAAAGGAGGACGACGACUCCAAACAUGACCUGUCCCUUUACAAGCGUGGUGAUUUAUUGGAAGUCCCCAGGACAUUAUUCACACACUUUGGUAUCUACUUGGGUGACAACCGUGUGGCUCAUCUCAUCCCGGACAUCCUUCCUGUGAUAUCUAAGAAUAAAUCUGCCAUCGCAAAGAUGGACAAUAACCGCCUGCUGCUGGGGGUUAUCACUAAGGUUGCCAGCGUCAGAGUGGACUCUGUGGCAGAUUUUGCAUAUGGCUCGGAGAUUCUGAUCAACCACAUGGACAAGAUGUGCAGCCAGCCUCCUCUGGACGGGGACGAGGUGGCCAGAAGGGCUGAGAAACUCCUGGGCUCCGUCACCUACAGCUUACUGUGGUACAACUGUGAACACUACGUCAUGUACUGCAGAUAUGGCAUGGCCAUCAGCUAUCAAACGUACCAGUUCUGCACAACAGUACGGAAGAUAGUCUGCAGCAGGAUGAGUGCCUAUUUGACUGCACUGUGUGGUGUGGGAGGAACCAUGCUGUAUGUGGGCUGUGUGACGCCGCUGACAGUUUUACCGACCCUGCUCAUCUCGUUCACCAUCUGGAUGGCAGCCUAACGGCCUCUGGAGGGACGGCUCAUGAGAAAGACUAAUUUAACACACCGGUGGAAGCUGAAAUGAAAAGCCCUGUGGUUUAGCUGCGUGACUAAAGGCAUUGGGAAAACAAAUGUGUUCACCAUUAUAGAACUGUUUGACUUUUUACCUUCUUUGGGCAAUUGUUGACUUUUUAUAUAUUAACUGAUGUUCUAUUUUUCUUUGCCUGAUUGCUCCUAAUUGUCGUGCUGUUGUCUAGAUUUGUGCGUAAUUCAUCAUUAACCAGACUCUGAUAUUCAACAUUAAUCUCAUUUAACAGUAGCAGCUCAUAGAUUAUAAAUGGACUUUGACUGAGCACAGAAACAAACUCCGGAAGACUGAGAUAAACGGAGACAGAUGGAAACAUGAUGGUGUAUGCAGAUGGAUGUUAAAUGUUGUAGUGAAUGCAUUUCAAUGUGAUACUUUACUUAUAUUAUGCUCUACUGUAGCUAAAAGGUAGCCUUGGACAAAGUGCAAUACGUUUCUUCUUAAUGGAAUACAGUAUAAUUUUGAUAUAUUGUAAACGACAAAUGUCAUAAUGUGUUUGUCAGUCCAUUACACAUGUAUUUCUACCUG